AAUAUUUCUGUGUGAUAAUAUUAGGUUAGAUUCGUUAGAUUCAGUUAGAUUGGUGAAAUUGAGCUACACAACUGGAGCCGUAUUGAUAAUUAACCGAUAUUUGUGACAUAAAUCAUUGAAAAAUGAUUAUGGAAGCAUUAAACGAGCAUUUGGAGGCUUUGGCCGGUCAUGUUUUCGAUAACGACAAGCUGGUCACUUACAAAUGGCUAAGCAAAGAGUUACAUGUCCACGUUAACAUAGCAAAACAGAUCUUAUGGGAAUUCUAUCAAAAAUAUAAAAGCAACAAUAUUGAAUGCACAUAUUUGCUAAUAGGUCUUCUAAAGGAUAAAGGAAUGCGUGUGGAGGUUGUUAAAGAAUCCGAUGUACCUAAGGCUAAAGAAAAGUUCAGUAAAAUUAUGUCAGAGCAUCUCUACAGCGUCCACAAACCGCUUGCAGAUUUGGAACUGCUUGCCAGUUCUGGUUCUGGCGAUAUAAAUUACAGCGCGAUAAAGUGUGAUGCCUGCAAAGAACGAAGUGAUGAAGAAAUGCAACUAUUACGUUGGGGUACAGCUGCUAAAAAGGCUAUGGAAAAUACGACAAAUUUAAAAUCUACAAAUUCAAUGAAUCCAUCGAAGACUGAAAAAAAUUCAAUGACAGCAAAGAAAAAUGGAUUUAAUAAUCUAUUUAAUAUGGCUGGGAGAUCAAAGAGUCCUGAAAAACCGAAAUCAUCCUUCCAAGAACGUGAUAGAGACUCGAUGAAGAAAGAUAACCUUUGGAAGAAGAAGGAUUCAGUGAAGAAUAAAGAUUCAACUGAGACAGAUCAAGCUUUAAUGGAGGAAACUAAAGAAUUAAGAGAAAAAGAAAAAGACACCGUCGAAAAGGAUAAAAACUUUGUCCAGAAAGAUAAAGAUUCUGCAGAAAAGACUAAAAAUUCAACCGAGAAAAAUAAAGGCUCCAAGACUACGUCUACCGCUAAAAAAGUAUCUCCCCAAAGUAAUUCUGUGAAAAAAGGAAGCUUGAAUAACUUUUUUGGAAAGUUGACGUCUCCUUCAAAAUCUAUAGAAGUUACAUCAUCAGAAAAGAAAAAUGAUAAUGCUAAAGAGGAAUUUACCGAAGAAAAAAUGAGUAAAGAAAAGAAGAAAUUGCAAGGAAAAAAGCGAAAUAGGAGCAAAGAAACGGAUGAAGGUGCUAAGAAACGGAAGAGAAUUGUUAUACAGAACGAUUCCAGUGAUUCAGAGGUACAAAGUGAUAUAGAGAUGGAAGAAUUAGUUCCAGAAACGGAGCCGGAAAUUCUUGCAAAACCAAAGAGCCCCUCUCCACCAAGAAUAAAACAUGAAAAUGGCAAACGAAAAGUGUUGAAGUUAGUUAACAAAACUUAUAAAGAAGGCGAAUAUAUUGUAACAAAGAAAGAACAUGUUUAUGUAAGUUGUUCGGAAGAUGAAGAAGAAAAAGAAGAAGAGAUGAGGAGAAAAGAGAAAAAAGCAGAGGCUAAGAUAGAGAAAGUGAAGAAAAAGCAGUCCACGUUAACGGAUUUCUUCAAGAGGUCUUAGAAUUGUAUCAAAAUUGUAUCUAAAUAUUUAUAAAUAUCCAUUUUUAUAAAAAUAAGUAAUAUGAAUGUGGUACAUUACUUAUUAAUA